AUACGAGAUGCUCCAUUCUUCUUUCUUGUCCAGUUUCGUCGCGCCUAGUUCUCGUUUCGAUCAUAUCCGCCGCUACUAGCCAUGACGGAUGUAGGAGAGUCUUGUGAGUCUCCCGCCGCCGAUGAUGGUUCUGGACCAGGUAGGGACCCCACCGUGGAGGUCCGUAGAUCCGCUCUAGAUAUCUUUGCGGUCUCCCACCGCAGUCGCAACACCAUCACAACCCGUAUCUACUCCCGCUCCCUAUGUACCUCCGCCCGCUGUCGCUUCAUCUAGCCGGGGCCCUUGGGUUUCAGACUGCGAGACAGCCACGACCGCGCGUUACACGGUCGAGUGUGCUUCCACGAUUUCAUAUGGGAAAAAGGCACGCCACGGAAAGUACACCCAGAGCACGAUAGUCCUCGGCGGGAAGCUACGUCGACCGUCGCCGCCUCGCACGUUGCCUGAACCUCAGGCCCCCGCUAUUCCAGAACCUGAGCCGCCAAAACUCUCGAAGAAAGAACUCAUUGAGCAGAAGUAUCUCAUGGCUGAGCACAAGUAUAAGACCUGCUGGCUUCCAUUUUUCCCUUGGCUUCUGUUAACAAAAAUGAAAGACGGUUACCCUGCGUUGAAGUGCAGUAUGUGCAAGGCUUUCGGCAAUGAGAUAACACCGUACUCCAACAGCUGCGACAGGGCACGUGACCUGCAGACGCAAGCGAUGCGGUUCCACGAACACACGUCAGCCCACGAAGUAGCAGUCAAGCGUCAGAUGGAGAUCGCCGAAGACAUCGCAAGCACCCUGAGGAGCAUGGAGAAUUACGCGCGUACUGACAUUGAGGGGAAGCACGUCAUGAGGCUCCUACGAUGCGUCGACUUCCUGUGCAAGUGUGAUGCACCCAUCAGCAUGUACCCGAGGCUACUCCGCUUCAUGGCCGAGCAGGAGACCCCAGACAUUCCGCUGCAGUCUUACGGAGUCUACCUGACACGGUAUGGCUUCUGUUAGCUCGUCAACAGCUUGGCAUCCUACCUACAGCACCGACAAAUGCAACACAUUCUCGCCUCACCCUACCUCGGCAUCAGCUGCGACGAGAGCACUGACCAUACUCGCGGUAAACAUCUCAUUGUUUAUCUAACCUUCCUGCGUGCGCAUCGUGUUGUCACAGAGUUUUUUGCUCUCUUGACCGUCGAAAAGUGCGACGCCGCGUCUCUCCUCACUGUUCUUCUGGCGCACUUGCGAGCAACUGGCAUCGACCUGUCCCGAAUCACCGGCAUGAGCACCGACGACGCCUCUGUCAUGGUCGGCCGAGACAAUGGUCUCGUCGCCCGACUUCGCGAGCACAUCCCCCAUCUCAUCUCUUCGUGCUACAUCGCGCACAGGUUAAACCACUUGUCAUUUCAGUAGCUUAGGUUUCCUACAACUGCUUGACUAAAAUUCCUGUGUGUGCACCAUGCAGGGAAGCCCUAGCGGUGAAGGACGCCGCCACUGCUUCUCCAGACUUCGACAUGGUCGACCUUGUGAUUCGGACUCUGGCCGAUCUUCUGGGACGUUCAUGUGUCUGGAGUCAACGCUUCAAGUACCUGCAGCGGGCAAUACACAACACCAACCUUGAAGUGCAAGGCAUUCACACCGUGCGAUGGCUUUCAAGGGGUGAGGCUGUGCGGCGCCUCUGUAAGGUCCUUGGCGCCGCUAUCAUUCUGUUUCAUGAGUACGGGCAUGAGCUGUAUGAAGUCGUCAUCUGUUACAAGUUCCAGUUCUGUCUUUACUUCCUGGCGGACGUGCUCGGAGUGAUGAAUGAGCUCAACCUCAAAUUCCAGAAGAGGGAGGUCGAUGUCACGGAAGUGACAAAGGACAUCGACGAGGCGACAGGGGACCUCCGCCACCGCUACCUGGAGUGCGGAGAGGUGUUCGGUGGGGGGGUCGAAGGCACGUGGCUUUCGGCUUUCUUGGCUGUCUACGGGCGCGGAGGGAGCAAACGCGUAAAGGUGCGGGGCAUCGACGGCAACCCAGUCACGCACACCUACACCAUGCACGAGAAGCAGAUCGACGGGCAUGCCUUCCACAGCAAGUACCCCGAUUGCGAGCGUCUCUGCACGCAGUUCACGAAGGACACGAUAAGCUUCUUGAAGACGAGGAUGCUGGACCUGAACAAUCUCGCCCCGACGAAGCUCUUCCGCGUGUCGAAGUGGCCCCGGAUGAAGCAGCAGAGAGAGAAGAAGCUGAAGGAGUACCUACAUGGCUGCAGUGCCCUUUUCGACAACAGGCUGUCAGGCUUUGCCUUGCAAGCUACGCAAAAAGUGCUGGUUACGUGGGCGCCACAAAUGCUGAGCCACCAUGCUGAUGAGGGAUUCCAUCAAGGCCUGACGAACUACCUCGGCUCGACAGAGUCGACCUUGCGUGCACUGUCCUGCCGCUUAGCACAGUGGAGUGUGAACGAGGCUUCUCGCGGCAGAACGUCAUCAAGUCAUGGGUGCGGGGUGCGUUGUGCAAUGCGUGCCUCAUCGAGCUGAUGGUAAUUUCCUUGCUGCAGUAUAAGAUUGACUGGGACGAGGCCCUUGAGUGUUGGCGCGAGAAGCUGAGGCGCCCUGCUAAGUCUGUUCUGUUUGCCUCAACGGAGAGGAAGCGUAAGGCCAAGGCGAUUGAGGGGUCAGAAGGGAGGGUGGAGGAGGAGGCAGUCCCCGACUACAUGGGGGAUUGGGCAGAGGAUGAGGGAGAGGAGGGGGUAGAGGGGGGAGAGGUUCAUCCUGAAGUGGAAGACAACCCGUUUCUGUCCGAUGACGAGGCAGAGGACAAAGUGAACAUGGAUGGCUCACAAUUUUAGUAAAGGGUAGAUAGUGGCGUGGAAUCUUGUGAAGUCUAGAUAGACUAGACUAGAUAGAGGACUUAAUUAACUGAAUCUGUAGAC